AGUGCGCAUUGAGGGCGCAUAUUGACUAUAAAGGGUGCGCUUUGCAGCCAUUGUAAAAGUCCACAAGACCGAACGUGCACGUGUGCCAUUUGGGACAGGGCCGAUGAAACCAACCGAAAAAGUCACUAAACGAAUCACUGAACCAUUCUGUAUGAAUCUUUUUAGUGAAUCGUUUCAAAGGAUUCGAGUCAUUUAAUGAAUCAGUUCCACUUCCCAGCACUAGUGAUUUCGCCUUCGGAAUCUGAAACUGUUCAGCUUUAAAACAAAGUUUGUCAUUUUAGAUUUUAAAGGCUGGGGUACGUAUGGUUUGUUUUAUAAAGGCAACUGGGUUUCAUAAUUAACGUUAGAUGGCGACACAUUGCAACAUGUUUUGAUUUGUUCUGAUUGUCAAGACAUUGUUUCACUGCCUCAGCUGUUGUGAAGAAGCUGUUUGACUGCUUAUAAAGUUUCUCACAUCGCUGGAUCUUAAAGCCCGUCUUGUUUUCGGGGUAAUGCUUCGUCAGGGGGACAGUGGACUGGGUAUUUAUUUACAAGAGGAUUCGAUACUUCUUGAAAAUAAGGCAAACUUUUAACAAACGGCCCGAGUAGAUUUAAAGUAAGUUGUCUACGGGGAAACUAUGGCCGAGGCAACCCGGACCGCUGUGUAUGUUUACGAACAGGUUGUUAUCCUGGCAUCAUGUAUGCUUUCGUUUUUUGGGUCACUUUUAAUUAUAUGCACAUAUCUACGUUGGCUCGAUUUGAGAACAACACCGAGAAAACUGCUCGUGUAUCUGUCUGUGUCUGACCUUCUGUCUGCACUCUCGUACUUUUACGGAGUUGUACGGAUUUUUGACUCUGAUUCUUCGGAUUGUAUUGCGCAAGGAGCAAUUUCCACAUUCGCGAACACCAGCUCAUUCUUCUGGACCGUGGCUAUAGCCAUCUACUUGUAUGUUUUUAUUGUGAAGUCCAGCCAGAGACAGGCCGACAACUUGGUGCUGUAUUUUCAUCUUAUCAGUUGGGGCGUUCCUUUCGCCAUCACUGUGGCAGCCCUGUCCCUGCACAAGAUCGGCUAUGAUGCCUCUGAAGUGUCCGUAGGCUGGUGCUGGGUGAACAUACAGGCUGAAGACCAUGUGCUGUGGAUGCUGCUCACGGGAAAGAUCUGGGAGUUCAUUGCCUAUGUCACACUGCCAGUCUUGUACAUCCUUAUUAAGAUACACAUAAACAGAGCACAUGCAGCCCUGUCCGAGUACCGUCCCAUCCUGACCAGCAGCCCUGUCUCUCACUCACUGUCUUCCAUGGCAGACAGGAAGCUCACCCUCAUCCCCAUCAUCUUCAUCAUACUCCGCGUGUGGAGCACCAUCCGCUUCCUGCUCCUGCUGACUGACUCCCCUGCAGGGCACAAUCCAGUACUGGUGACCUUGCAUGGAAUUGGAAACACCUUUCAAGGAGCUGCGAACUGCAUCAUGUUUGUGCUGUUCACUCCCUCGAUUCGUUCACGACUGUUGGCUCUGUUGUGCUGCAAAGGUUGGGACGGACCCUGGAGCUCAGAAGCAGUGUCCCAGAACAGGGCAAAUGCAUAUACGCCUUCACACAGGGAGGAAAACACCAGCCCUCAAACCUUGGAGAACAGUAUGGAGUAAGAGCUACUAAGAUCCUGCAUCUGCUCCUGUACAUUUAACUCUCUUUAAACGCACAAGGCUGUAUGAUACCAAGAGUGAAAGCUCUGACUUUAUGGCUCUCUGCUGUGGUUGUUCGACUUACAUCAGAGUCUUAUGCUCAGCCUUCUUGUUUGACCAAGCGCCUUCACGGAUUACAGGGGACUGUGGUCACAUGCACAAAACCCACAGAGCAUGGAACACAAAUGCACUUUUUGUUACCGGUUUAGCUCAGCACUUUAGGCGAAAGGCUUUCUGUCUUCCAAAUCUGUUUUCAUUCUGCUGCCGCAGAUAUCUCCUGUUCAUUUAAAUAGAAAUGAGAUCUGUAACUCAGGGGAAGUGAGGAUACAGCAGUUUAUUAUCUAGUGACCAAAAUGGCAAAUGUACUGUGAAGUGUCUUUACAAGGGAUUUUUUCCCUAACAAAGCACGUGUUCUUAAUGCAAAGUUAAUACUGUACAUAUCUAUUAUAUAUUUAGCAUAAUUACUGUACUUAUAUGUUCAAAACGGAUAGUAUUUUCUUUUUUUUCUGUAUGUAUGUAUGUAUGUAUUAUGUUAAUCUCAUUAAAUUUUAUUCACUUUUUCUCUGUAUAUAGACACAUGCACAUAGCUGGGCAAAAUUUGCAUCUAGGACACAGGCCACAAAAAAUGUAUUGUUACUUCACACUAUGCCUUUGAAACACUGGGGAAGAAGUGCCUUUUAAUUGUAGCAUUUGUAGUUAUAAAUUUGUUCAUGUAAUUAUUUUAUCAGCAUAUUAACUGAAUUCAAUAAAGUGAGUAAUUUUAGA